UGCAGGGAUGAAACCGGCGGAACCGGGCGAGAAAUUAGAACCGCACUGUUUAUAACAGUUAUAACGACACGGCUGGGAUCUGUGGAACGGAGCGCGCACUUCAUAUCCACAUCUACAUCGAGAUCUGUGUGUUGUCUUUCUUCAUUUUUUUUCUUUUUCUGUGUGUUCCGUGGACGCGUCAGGAGCAAGGACGCGCGGCGGAGACGGUGAUGCGGACACGGUGAUGCGCCGUGCCACAGGGUUCCUCACAGCGCAGACGGUGACGCUGACACGGUGAUGCGCCGUGCCACAGGGUUCCUCACAGCGCAGACGGUGACGCUGACACGGUGAUGCGCCGUGCCACAGGGUUCCUCACAGCGCAGACGCCCUUGUGGAUCUAUAUUGUGUGGUGUUUGGGGCCACAAGGCUCUCAUAAAGAUUCUUCAGCAGAAGCCCGGUGACUCACUGCAUGCUGCAGGAGCGAGGAGAGGGGACUCACUGCAUUCUAAUAGGGGCAGAGACACGGAGGACUCGCCUCGGUGCUGUUACACACACACACACACACACACACACACACACACACGCGCGCGCGCGCGCUCGCGCACUGCUGGAGCACUUUGCAUCCACAUCCACGCACUGUAGCGCGCGCUGGACCUCUCCGUGCGCAUUAAAGGAUGUAACCUGGCUUUUGUGUGGUUGGUCUUGUUGUUUUUUGUUUCUGUGACUGGACAGCGCGCUGUGUGCUGGGAAAUACGAAUCGUAGAAAGGCUGAAUGUCCGUGAAGCCGGAUGGUGGUGAUCCAGUGCGCGCAGGCUUUCAGCAGAAUAUCAAUUAGAUGUUGAGCCGCAACGUCGUUUGUGGAAACGUCGAAGAAAAGACCGCACAAUGUUCCUGGGCUUUGUUUCACCAUGAACAGACUUGUUACCGGAGGUGUGAAUUGUGAGAUCACUGGACGGAUCAACAGGUCGCAAGCGUAAAGCGCAUCUGGAACCAUGGCGCUCGUGUCGAGAGGAAUGUACCUCUCUGUUUUGUCUUUCCUUCUCUUGUGGGCACAAACCCUUACGUUAAAAAACUUGAACUUUACGAUCUCAGAGGAAAAGAACCAGGGUGUGAUUGGAAACAUUGCCAAAGACGCAGGGCUGGAGCUGAGGGAGCAGGGCAAAAAAUCCAACUUCAGGGUGCUGGAGAAUUCAGCUCCACACCUCAUAGACGUGGACCCUGAAAGUGGGCUGCUCUUUAUCAAGCAAAGGAUUGAUAGAGAAACACUGUGCAAACGAAACCCUAAGUGCCAGCUCUCUAUGGAAGUCUUUGCCAAUGACAAAGAGAUCUACAUGAUUAAGGUAGACAUACAGGACAUAAACGACAAUGCGCCCAGCUUUCCUUCUGAUCAGAUUGACAUUGAUAUUUCAGAGAAUGCCGCCCCCGGCACCCGCUUUCCCCUAGCCGCUGCCUACGACCCCGACACCCGGGAAAACGGCCUUAAAACAUAUCAAAUCACGCGAGACGAUUACAGCAUAUUUUCUCUGGAUGUGAAAUCCAGAGGAGAUGGAACUAAAUUUCCUGAGCUGGUCGUCCAGAGGUCUUUAGAUAGAGAGGAGCGCAGCCAUCAUACCCUCAUUAUAACUGCUACAGAUGGAGGGGAGUAUCCAAAGUCGGGUACAAUGCAAAUCAAUGUGAAAGUAAUUGAUUCAAAUGACAAUAGCCCUGUUUUUGAGCAGUCCUCUUAUGUUGUGGAAAUUCCAGAGAAUUCUCCGCCUGGCACGGUACUGAUAGAUUUAAAUGCUACUGACCCUGAUGAAGGAAUUAACGGGCAGGUAACCUAUUCUUUGAGUUUUUAUGGCUCAGAUAGAAUCAAAGAGCUGUUCUCUAUAGACCCCAAAACGGGCGUCAUAAAGAUUCAGGGGAAAAUCGACUAUGAGGAAAACCCAAUUAUAGAAAUUGAUGUGCAGGCAAAGGAUCAAGGUCCGAAUCCUGUUCCUGGCCAUUGCAAAGUCACUGUUAAAGUGCUUGACAAGAAUGACAAUUGGCCAUCAAUAGGCUUUGUGGCGGUUCGGCAGGGGGCAGUUAGUGAAGCAGCGCCCCCAGGGACUGUCAUUGCUUUGGUGAGAGUGACAGACAAGGACUCUGGCCGCAACGGGCAGCUCCAGUGUAGAAUUUUAGGCAAUGUCCCCUUUAGACUUGAAGAGAACUCGGACAAUUUCUACACAGUGGUGACAGAUAGACCUCUGGAUCGAGAAGUGAAGGAUGAAUACAACAUUACAAUCAUGGCCAAAGACAGUGGUAACCCUCCACUGAACGCCACAAAAUCUUUUACAGUCAAAAUUCUGGACGAGAACGAUAACGCGCCAAGGUUCACAAAGAUGGUUUAUUUACUUCAGGUGCCUGAAAACAACAUCCCAGGAGAAUAUCUUGGUUCAGUUCUGGCUCAUGACCCAGAUUUGGGCCAAAAUGGAACUGUUUCCUAUUCCCUUCUUCCAUCAAACGUGAGCGAGGAAUCCAUUACCACAUACGUGAACAUCAAACCGACCGAUGGGGCCAUUUAUGCCCUAAGGAGUUUCAAUUAUGAGCAGACCAAAUAUUUUGAUUUCAAGGUCCAGGCUAAGGACUCAGGUAAUCCCCAUCUGGAGAGUAACACUACAGUGCGUGUGAGUGUGCUCGAUGUCAACGACAACAUCCCAGUCAUUGUGCUGCCCCUGUUGCAAAACGAUACGGCAGAGAUCCACGUCCCGCGCAAUGUUGGCGUAGGCCAUGUGAUCACAACGGUGAGAGCCGUGGACAACGACUUCGGUGAGAGCGGCCGCCUUACCUACGAGAUCUCGGAUGGCAAUGAGGAGCACUUGUUUGAGAUUGAUUCAGUCACUGGAGAGGUGAGGACAGCUCAGCCACUAUGGGAGGAGGUGUCUUCUGUGGUGGAGCUCAUCAUCAAAGUGACAGACCACGGAAAGCCUACGCUGUCCGCCAUGGCCAAGCUCGUUGUGAAGGCGUAUUCAGGGCCGCUGCCUGAAGGUGAGCCGCGGAUAAACGCCGAGCAGCACGGCUGGGACGUGUCGCUCCCUUUAAUUGUCACGCUCAGCGUCAUUUCCUUCAUGCUGAUGGCAGCCAUGAUCGCAGUCGCCAUCAAGUGCAAGCGGGAGAACAAGGAGAUCCGCACCUACAACUGCCGCAUCGCCGAGUACUCACACCCACAGCUGGGCAAGGGCAAAAAGAAGAAGAUCAACAAGAAUGACAUCAUGCUUGUGCAGAGCGAGGUGGAGGAACGCGACACCAUGAACGUGAUGAAUGUAGUGAGCAGCCCCUCACUGGCCACCUCGCCGAUGUACUUCGAUUACCAGACACGCCUUCCCCUGAGCUCGCCCAGGUCCGAGGUCAUGUACCUCAAACCGACAGCCAACAACCUCAGCGUUCCCCAAGGACACGUGGGUUGCCAUACGAGUUUCACCGGGCCUGUGACUAGCACCACGGAGACUCCGGUUAACAGAAUGUCGAUAAUUCAGACCGACAACUUCCCCACCGAGCCCAAUUACAUGGGGAGCAGGCAGCAGUUUGUUCAAAGCAGUUCAACAUUUAAGGACCCGGAGCGCGUGAGUCUGAGGGACAGCGGACACGGGGACAGUGACCAGGCCGACAGCGAUCAGGACACCAAUAAGGGCUCGUGCUGCGACAUGUCCGCCAAGGAAGCUCUGAAGAUGAAGGCAACUGGGCUCAAGCCUCAACCUCUUGAGCAGGAAGAGGACUGUGUGAACUGCACCGACGAGUGCCGGGUCCUGGGUCACUCGGACCGCUGCUGGAUGCCACAGUUUCCGGCACCGGGCAUGGCGCAGGCUGAGGGACUCGACUACCGCACCAACCUUUUUGUACCUGCAGGAAUGGAGGCUGUGGCUACCGAGCCAGAGAGUUAUGAAGCAACGGGCAACACCAGCGGCAAGAAGACCUUCUGCACUUUUGGCAAGGAGCGGCGUGAUCAUGCAGUCCUGGUGGCCAACGUCAAGCCCUACCUCAAGGGCAAGCGUGCGCUCAGUCCACUGCUCCAAGAAGUGCCCUCGGCCUCGUGCAGCCCUACCAAGGGAACCAAAGGCGUCGCAGACGGAGCUGAGGUCAAUCCUAGCACCAGCCACUACGAAGGGCCCAAUGGACUUUACACUUCUCCUGGAAAGCAGAGUAGAGAGCAGGGGUACUGCGCAUUAGCCGCCUCGGAUCCUGUAGCCAAAGUGCUCCUCGAGGCACGUUCACGCAUCAGCCAGGAAACGGCGAACGAACCGGAUGGAGCGCUGGAGCACGGGGGAGGAGAGCCAAGCCGAGGAGGCAUGGAUGCCGAGCAGGUGGUCAGAGACAUCGAUAAACUUCUGCAGGACUGCCGAGGCAACGAAGCUGCAGUAAUGAGGAAGUGAACAAAGUAAUGCAGUGAUAAAAAAAAACAAAGACAAACUGUGAAAGAGGGCGAGAGUCUGUGAGCUUUGAAACACUCUCAAAGAGUGAGGUGCUCAAGAGGUUUGGCAAAAAGUAAAACAAAAGGACUUUUCAAAGAAAACAAACUGUCUCAAAACAAAAAAGAGAAAAAAAAGCCAGGUUUUCUGGAUGCCAUGUUAUGUUUCGGGGAAAGGGAUUCUUAGGGACUUUCAGAAGUUGCUGUUUCUGGCUUCUUAGCAAGCUUUUUCUUCAAGUGCCCACCAGCUGUAAACUUUCUUUCUGACAAACCGCAAUGAACAGGUUGAUUCUGACAAUCGCAACUAAAACGUAGAACACUCCAAAUGCGGUUGGAUCUCCUCAAGACCGAACCACGCUUUUUCUGUUUUCUGACUUUGUAAUAUCAUUGUACGAAAUACUGAAUAAUCUCUGAUUAUC